AUGAGACAUAACAAUGUGAUUUUUCAGUCCACUUGUGACGUUAACAUUAGGUAUUUCCCGUUUGACAAACAGGAAUGCAAGUUACAGAUCACAGUUUUGAGUUACACCGUAGAGACCGUAAAUUUCAACAACUAUCUUGAUGCGAUUUAUACAUGCGAUUACAAUGAAAACUCAAUAUUGGCACGUCGAACAAGGACCAUCUUAUUUUCCUGCAGAAUCAAAAUGAAGAGAAAGCCGAGCCAUUUUGUCAUCAACAUAAUUGUCCCUCUUUUGCUUCUUUCGUUCUUGGCCGUUCUCACGUUUGUGCUGCCUGUAACGUCAGGAGAACGUGCCUCGUACGCCAUCACAAUUUUUCUGUCCACGGCAGUUUUUCUGACUAUUGUUUCGUCCGAACUACCAAGCAGUUCCGAUAUUGUUUCAGUACUUAUGAUAUACCUGACAACAUUGUGUUGUAAUACUACUGCUAUCAUUGUUGUAUUAUUGUUUCAACUGAGACUUCUCACAAGAGAUGAAAGCGACCAGCUUGUCAACGGAUGUUUCAAGAUCAUAUACAACAUUACCAUGGCAAUACGAUGCAAAUUGGGGGCAAGAAAAGAAAAGAAAAGCACAGUCUAA